CCGCCACACUCUUUUGCUUGAGACGUUAUGCUUGUUCGUAUUCGCUCCCGCGAUGGUAACUUUCGUUUCGAAGUGGAGCCCACCACCAAGAUCGAAGAGCUCGUGGCCAAGAUAGUGGAAACGACCACAGACUGUGAUGUCUCGACCCUCGCGAUCUCGAAUCAGCCUCGAGGCAACGAGACCUCUGUCUCCACACUAAAGGGGCGCAACAUGAAGGAUCUCGGGCUCAAACAUGGGGACCUCGUCUUUGUUUCUUACCAACAACGGCCGUCGGGAAGCGUGUCUCAAGCACCAGCCCAGGUCGUGGCCAAUGCCUCUAAACCGACAGGUAUCCAGGUUUCCACUGCUCGGCCAUGGGAGAAUGUCGAAGAGGAUGCAGUCGACCGUUACUGGCGCUCCCAGGAUGGUAAGAUUCCUCGGGGUCGUGAUGCUCAAUUCUGCAAGCACGGCCCCAACGCCAUGUGCGACCAUUGCAUGCCCCUCGAACCCUACGAUUCCUCUUAUCACACCGAACAUAACAUCAAACAUCUUUCUUUCCAUUCCUACCUCCGGAAACUCACACCGAAGACCUCUUCCACUGCCGCUGCUUCCCUUCCACCGCUGUCUCCGCCGGACUACAAAGUGAAGGUGCCUUGUCCGACUGGUGGCCAUCUCCCCUGGCCCGCAGGGAUCUGUACUGCAUGCCAACCUUCAGCUAUCACCCUCCAGAGUCAACCCUUCCGUACAGUCGACCAUCUCGAGAUCGCCUCCAUGGACAUCGUCGACCGGUUCCUGCACGCUUGGCGCGUAACUGGUGUCCAACGCUUCGGCUGGCUGAUCGGCCGUUACGAGCCCUACGACAAAGUCCCUAUGGGUGUCAAAGCCGUUGUCGAAGCCAUCCACGAACCACCUCAAGAAGGCGAACUGGACGGUCUCUCGCUCGGUCUACCUUGGGAUGACGAACCACGGUUGAAGGAGCUCGCCAAAUCUGCGUCGACGCCCUUGUCGAUCGUGGGCUAUAUCUUCACGGAUUUGGAUCCUGAGCCGGAAGAUAGGUCAAAGACGAAAUACAAGAGACACCCGAAUUCGUUCUUUCUCUCUUCCCUCGAAGUCAUCUUCGCCGCACACAUGCAAUCCCUCCACCCUAUGCCCUCUCGAUCCUCGCCCACCGGAGCCUUCUCCUCGAGACUCGUCACCGCCGUACUGACGGGUACAGAGGACAAUCAGAUCGACGUGUCGGCGUAUCAGGUUUCGGAACAGGCUGUGGGGAUGGUACAGGCGGAUAUGAUCGAGGCGAGCGUGGAUCCCGGGGUGAUGAGAGUGAAGGCAGAGAGUAGAGGCGAAGACGGGGACGAGGCGAGAUAUGUGCCCGACGUGUUUUUCAGGUAUAGGAAUGAGUAUAAGAUCGAGGUGAAGAAGAGUGCGAAGCCGGCGUUCCCUGUAGAAUACUUGCUCGUCAAUGUCACACAUGGGUUCCCACAAAAUCCAUCUCCGUUGUUCCAUUCUAUCGCCUUCCCAAUCGAAAACAGACCAGGCCUAGAAGAUCAAAAAAUCGAGAAAGUCCUGCACAGACUCAACGAGCUCCAUGCUCCCGACGUCCAGGACAGCAAACACGACCGCGACGUGCUCCGCCGUCUCGCACUCGCCAAGUAUCUCUCGGAUUGGCAUCUGGUGGCCUUUUUGGGGACGUCUGGGUUGUUCUCUGAGGCGGAUAUGAAAGUCUUGAUAAAGGUCGCCUCUGCACAGAGCUUGGACGAUCCGGCGGUGCUUGACCCUCUCGUUGGAACGGAAAGCUGGCAGACCAUCAUCACAUUCGCUCGCGAAUCAGGCCCACCCGCACGUCCCUCGCAACCUGCUCCCUCUGGAGCCUCCUCCCACCUCAUGGACGAAGACAUCCCUCCAGAGCUGUACGAACAGUUCGGAGGUGCGGAAGGUGCAGGUGGACUCGGGGGCCUUGGUGGUGGCGCCGGAUCGGGAGCUGGCGGGUCUGGUGGGGGAGGGCUGAGGGUGUGUCCGCAUUGUACGUUUGAGAAUUCGCAUGGGGGGUCGGACUGUGAGGUUUGCGGGUUGCCGUUGUGAGAUGGAGAUGGUAUAGGCGCGGGGUGUGUAGACUGGGAGGUUUGGUGGGGAGGGACGAGAGGAGAUAUAGAUAGAGAGAAGAAACAAGGACAAGUGUGAAGACGAAUAAUGUACCGUUGUACGUUUGUGGAUGCUAGUGAAGUUAACAUAGCAUGAGCUAGUAUUGC